AUGUGGCUAUGUACAAAGGGAGCGUCGGCACUGUUGUCCGCAAUGGACAGCACUUUGAGGCCUGCAGCGGCAGUAGCCGCCCCGGUGGGAGCGGGUAAGAAGGCCACCGUUGGCACUGCAGCUUCAGUGGUGGCGACGGCGGAGGCAAGCUCUGGGAUUCCGGCUCUGGCGGCGGCGGCUACGAUGGAGUGGGCUCAGAAGGAAGGGACGGUGCUGAUGGCGGCGGUGGUAGAAGUACCCGGGUUGGUGGAGUGCCGCAGUCAACCACACGCCACCGAAGCCUCCUCAUUAUUCUUCCCCUUCUCCUUUACUAUUCUAGUACUUGAGCGGCCGCGGCUGGUGUCCGGUGAUCUAGUGUUCCUGCGGCUGGACGGUCUGCGGAAGGCUGAGUACGUGUCGCAACUGCUUGCGGUUGACGGAGGGAAGGUGCUCCUAGUAAUGCCGCCGGCGUACUGGCAGGACCUCCGGGAGCUCGCCCGCAAGCAGCAGUCGGCUGCGCCGGCGGACGCGGCCGCCGCGGCGGUGCCGGCAGCGGUGCCGGCAGCGGUGCCGGCAGCGGUGCCGGCAGGGGCGCCGGCAGGGGCGCCACUAGCGCAUUGCGCCUUCUCCUUCGACCGCACGCCUUUUGUCCGUAUGCACGAGGCGCUGCUGCGGGCAGCGCUGCGGCCGCAGCAGCUGCGGCCGCCGCCGCCCCCGCCGCCGCAGGAGCUUGAUACGGACACGGCGUCCCGUCAGGCGGGUCUGCCCGUCUUCCCAGACGAAUUGUUUCCUGCGGUUCCGCCGCCGCCGCCGCCGCCGCCGCCGCAGCAGCAGCAGCAGCAGCAGCAGGACGCGGAGGAGGUGGAGGUCGGCACUCCUGGUGCAGCCGCCGACGAGGAGCUGGCGGAGGUGGCGGCGCAGCUGAGGCUGAUGGGCGGUACGGCACUGAACCCGGAGCAACGGCUUGCGUGCGCUGCGAUGCUGUGCGGCGCCGGACGUGACCUUCCGUUUGUACUGUUCGGCCCGCCAGGCACCGGCAAGACCGUAACGCUCGUGGAGUGCGCUCUUCAAAUCCUGAAGGCAGCGGAGCUUCCCCAGCUCGCGCCCUUGAUGUGCCGGCCCAGCUCCGGAACCAGCAGUGGCGGGGCCGGGGCCGGGGGCACCAGCCGCCAGCAGCAUUCCUUCCCUUUUUACCCCUCCUCCGCCACCACCGCCGCCGCCGGCCGCUCCACCAAGCUGCUACUGGCGGCCCCGAAGAACUACAGCGCCGAUCUAAUCACGAGUAGCCUGGCGCGGUGCUGGGACCAGCUGGCGGGCGGCGGACGGCUGUUGCGGCUUAACGACCCGAGAAGGCGCGUGGUUGAGGCUAAGGCUGACGUACUGCCGUACUGCCUCAUCGAUGAGGCGACCGCCGCAUUUCGGCAACCGACCCCUCAGGAACUCGAUCGUGCACAGGCCCUUCUGCCCGAGGUACUCAUCCCGUUGACGCUCCGAGCGCCUGGAGGUGUCGUGUCGUACAGGUCGUGUCGUACAGGUGCCGCCAUGCUGUGCGGGGACCCACGCCAGUUGGAGCCUGUGGUCCGCAGCGCAUCAGCCGCACGUGGCGGUCUGGCCACCUCCCUCCUGGAGCUGAUGAUGGAGGCGGCCGGACGUGAGGGCCACCUGGACCGAGCUCGAGCAGUCGCGGGGCUCGUGGAGGAGAAGGUCGCCAAGAUGACGAUGACGGCCGCAAGCCUUGCGGCCGUCAUCGUCAUCGCCACCUGCUGCUGCUGCUCCGCCUGUUCUACGACGACCAACUCAAGGUGGGUCGGGGGGUCCUUUGCCAUAGUGCAGUAG